GGGAAAUUUAUCGGCCUUGCCAUAGAGUAAGAGAGAGCGUCCCGCAUGAGCCACGAUCUUUUUCCAGAUUUCUAAAAAAGGCAAUCGUGGCGUAUAAACUUUUUUUUUGGUUCAGGCAACCAAGAAAAUUGGGCCCCCUUGACUAAUGCGUUUGCUGUGAAAAGGCUCGAGGCUUCUGUUUUCUUCUCAUCUCCCCCCCUAUCAUUGACAUUUUUCACGCAUUUCAUCGUACCAUGACGGUUGAUAUCAGUACUAUGCCCCGAGUCCCUAAACGUAUGCUGAUCUCGGCUCCAGGCAAAGUCAUCUUGUUUGGCGAACAUGCAGUGGUCCAUCAAAAAAAUGCGGUGGCCGCCUCGUUGGGACUUCGUGCUUUUCUUCACAUGACCCAAAGAGAUGACAAUAUCAUUCACCUUCAACUGCCUGACGUCCAAUGCGAACGCCAAUGGUCCAUUUCAGAAUUACCCCUGACCAUGACCGACGAUGACUCAGAUACCCGGCAUCCGUUGGACGUUUCUGCCGAGUUGCAGACUCAAUUUGAUAACUUGUUGGGUGAAACAGCGAUCCCUGCUCAAAAGCAGGCGACGCUUGCUUUCCUCUGUCUGUACAUUGCUCUCGCCCCGAAAAACCGUCAACUGUCUGGCAUGUCCAUCUGCACGCGUUCGUUUGUUCCUGUGGGCGCGGGACUCGGCAGUUCGGCCAGUUACUCCGUGGGCAUUGCCACCGCUUUGCUGAUCCAAUUUGGUCACAUUCCCCACGAUUUCCUUUCAUCGGAACACAAAGAACAGUAUCUCGAAACAAUUAAUCGCUACGCUUUCCGAGCGGAACAAGUCAUUCACGGCAACCCCAGUGGUGUAGACAACGCUGUGGCUACUUAUGGUGGAGCCAAGACAUUUGUAAAGGGACAAGGGUUCAAAACAUUGGAAGGUUUCCAGUCGCUGAGGCUGUUGCUGACCAAUACCAAGGUGCCACGAUCAACGAGUGCUUUGGUUGCCGGAGUGACGACGAGAAAGAUCAAGUACCCCCAGGUCAUUGACCCUAUCUUGGAUGCCAUUGAUGGCGUUUCUUUACGCUGUCGUGACGCCUUCCUUUUGUAUCGACAAGAAAAGCUCUCCGAAGCCCAGUUAAUGGAAGAACUCGAGGACCUUGUGAAUAUCAAUCAUUGUCUGUUACAAGCUUUAGGUGUCAGUCACGCCAGUCUUGAAAAGAUCAAGUCGAUCACCACCGACCACGGUAUGUCGACCAAGCUGACAGGAGCUGGUGGCGGUGGAUGCUCGGUCACCCUGAUGAGAAAUGAUGUACCGCAGACAACCAUUGAUGAGGUGAUGAAAUUACUGGCAGCCGAAGGAUUCGAUUGCUAUCAGACGUCGGUGGGUGGACUUGGUGUUCAUGCUGUAGAGCUGGCAGACACUGAGGAUGAAGCAUGGAUGCUUGCCGUGGAGCGAGCCACCCUAGAAAAUCGAACCUUGUCAGCAUAAGGAACACUGCAUUCACUCUCAUAUUUAUUUAAAAACUAUAAUAUUCUACCAAAAAAAAAGUCGUUUUUAAACGAAUCUAAAACUUGUAUGCAUAUACACAUCCAUUUUGAAAACCG